GUACCCACAAAACGAAGUCGUAGCUUUUCUCAUAUGCAGAUUCAUUUUUGCAACGAAGCGCUCCUUCUCAUCAGCUCUCAUUAAUCUUCCAUCGACGCCCGGGAUCUGAGCGAGCCAAACCCCGCGCGACUCACCCCGAGCCGCAUCGACCCGGUGAGUGGCUCAGUGACGUCAUUGAGCCCGAGUUGAGAGGGUCGUCGUCGUCGUCGUCCUCACCCAAUUUCAGAGGGGAACAAAAAUGGUGGAUCCGGCGAAUACGCCACUUGGCAGAAUGCUGUUGGACGAGAUCAGUCCCGUUGUCAUGGUGCUCCGCACACCUCUCGUCGAAGAAGCUUGCCUCAAGAACGGCCUCACCUUCAUUCAAAUGCUCAAGCCCUUCUGCUUCUUCAACAACAUCGACGUGCCCGUACGGACGGCGAGUGAUCAACCUUACCGGCUUCAGAAGUUCGGGUUGCGGUUGUUUUAUGAGUCGGAUAUUCGGCAACCGAAUUUGGAGGUAGCCAAAGAGAGGUUGAAACAAGUCAUAACCCAGGCUGCAGAGAAAGAUCUUUCUGAAUUGUGUUCCGACUUGCCUCAAAUUAAUAAUGCAGUGUCCAGAUCUGAAAAUGAAGUUUUACCAUCAUGGUUUCAGUUUUUCAACAAAGAGCUUGUACAUACUGUGUCUUUUUCAGACCAUGAAGCUUUUGAUCAUCCUGUGGCAUGUCUUGUAGUAGUUUCUUCAAAGGAUGAUCAGCCUAUCAACAGAUUUGUUGACCUCUUUAACACCAACACGUUACCCUCCCUUCUUACCAGUGGGGCAAUGGACCCAAAGAUUUUGAAGCAUUAUUUGCUAGUGCAUGAUAAUCAAGAUGGCCCUUUGGAGAAGGCAACUAAAAUUUUAACUGAAAUGAGGAGCACCUUCGGCUCUGACUGUCAAUUACUAUGCAUUAAUUCUUCUCAAGAUGGCGUGGUUGAACAUCAAGAUUAUCCCUUGGUGCUUUAUAAAUCUGAUGAUUUACCUAGUCAACCUCUUCGUUGCUUCCUUAAUGUUGACGAUUUUAAUGAGAUAAAAGAUCUUAUGCAAGAUUUAUCAACUAAACACAUUAUUCCUUACAUGGAGCAAAAAAUUCGUGUGCUCAAUCAGCAGGUUUCUGCAACAAGGAAAGGUUUUCGGAACCAAAUAAAAAAUCUAUGGUGGAGAAAAGGGAAAGAAGACGUGGUGGACUCUCCCAGUGGCCCUACGUAUACCUUUAACUCCAAUGAAUCUCAGAUUAGAGUUUUGGGUGAUUAUGCCUUCAUGCUACGUGAUUAUGAACUUGCAUUAUCGAAUUAUCGUCUAAUCUCCACAGAUUACAAGCUUGAUAAAGCCUGGAAACGCUAUGCUGGCGUACAGGAAAUGAUGGGGCUUGCGUAUUUCAUGUCAGACCAGUCAAGAAAGGAGGCAGAGUAUUGCAUGGAAAAUGCAUUUAAUACCUAUUUAAAAGUUGCACCAUCUAGUCAGCAAAACGCAACAAGGUGUGGUCUUUGGUGGGUAGAGAUGUUGAAGGCAAGAUAUCAGUAUAAGGAGGCUGCCACUGUUUACUUCCGUGUUUGCACUGAGGAGCCGCUACAUUCCGCUGUAAUGCUUGAGCAAGCAUCUUAUUGCUACUUGUUGUCCAAACCACCUAUGUUACACAAAUAUGGAUUUCAUCUUGUUCUUUCUGGUGACCGUUACAAGAAAUGUGAUCAGAUCAAGCAUGCAAUUCGCACUUAUAGAAGUGCCAUGUCUGUUUAUAAAGGAACUACAUGGAGCCAUAUCAAAGACCAUGUUCAUUUCCAUAUUGGACAGUGGUAUGCUCUUCUUGGGUUAUAUGAUUUGGCUGCAAAUCAUGUGUUGGAGGUCCUGGCCUGUAGUCAUCAGUCCAAGACAACGCAGGAGUUAUUCCUGAGGGACUUCCUUCAAAUUGUUCAGAAAACAGGGAAAACAUUUGAGGUAUUAAAGCUUCAAUUGCCUGAGAUCAAUAUCUCAUCUCUUAGGGUCAUUUUUGAAGAUCAUCGGACCUAUGCAUCAUCUGCAGCUGCAAGUGUCAAGGAAAAAAUAUGGGUCUCCUUAGAGGAGGAAAUGAUUCCAAAUUUGUCAACUGCCAGAACUAAUUGGUUGGAGCUGCAAUCAAAGCUUAUACCAAAGAAGUACAAAGAGUCGAAUGUUUGUGUUGCAGGAGAAGCUGUCAAGGUUGAUAUCGAAUUCAAAAAUCCGUUGCAAAUCCCCCUCCUCCUGUCUAGUGUAUCCCUAAUAUGUGAGCUUUCAGAAAACUCUGAUGAAAUGCAAUCUGAUGCAAAUAGCUCGAUGGCAGGGGUUCAGAAUGAUGGUGAAUCAACUAAAUUAAACCAUAGGGAUGUAAACUUUGAGAGUUCUUUAUUUUCUGUGUCGGAUGUUGGCUUUUCAUUAAGGGGAGGUGAAACAACUGUGGUGCAACUAACGGUUACGCCUAGAGUAGAAGGCAUUUUACAAAUUGUUGGUGUAAAGUGGAAAUUGUCAGGUUUUGUUGUUGGUUUCCAUAAAUUUGAGACUAACCCUGUGAAGAUGAUAAGAAAGCGAAUACAGAAGGCUAAGCAUCAUAGUGAUAAUUUAAAGUUUGUAGUCGUUAAGAGUGUACCAAAGCUUGAGGGUGUCAUUCAUCCACUACCCAAAAGGGCAUAUGUGGGAGAUUUACGGAAUCUUGUGUUAGAGUUGAGGAACAAAUCUGAAUUUGCGAUUAAGAAUCUGAAAAUGAAGAUUAGUCAUCCUAGAUUCCUGAAUAUCGGGAAGCGAGAAAGUUUGAACAUAGAGUUUCCUGCUUGCUUAGAAAAGACAAAUUCUGAUCAUUCUGGUGUUCCUGCUAACCCUACUGACGUUUCUCAUUCCAUGUUUCUAUUUCCCGAGGACACGAUAAUUCAAGGGGAAACACCAUUAUUGUGGCCUCUUUGGUUUCGGGCAGCUGUUCCUGGGAACAUUUCCUUGUGCAUAACUAUAUAUUAUGAGAUGGGAGAUAUUUCAAGCACCAUGAGAUAUCGCACUUUACGCAUGCAUUACAACUUGCAGGUAUUGCCCUCAUUAGAUGUGUCAUUCCAAAUCAGUCCUUGUCCAUCAAGAUUGCAAGAGUUCCUUGUGCGCAUGGAUGUUGUCAACAAGACAAGCUCAGAGAGUUUCCAGGUUCAUCAGUUGUCAUCCGUUGGGCACCAAUGGGAAAUCUCAUUACUUCAACCUGUUGAUGCCAUCUUUCCUUCACAAUCUUUAAUGGCUCAUCAAGCGUUGUCGUGUUUCUUCAUGCUCAAGAAUCAUGGCAAGCCAUCAACUUCUGAAGAUGAGAUAUCUUCUCAUUUCCGACUUCAGGGAACUGAUGUGAGAUUGGGUACUCAGGGCAGUAGUGGACCACAUUUGGAUAUAGCUAGCUCUCCCCUGGCAGAUUUCCACCAUUGUGAAAGACUGCACCAAGAAAUUUUACAUAAGGGAGACACCAGUACAGUUGACUUCAUAUUGAUUUCUCGGCCUCUGAAGAAUGACAAUAAUCCUGUGGGUUCUGAUCCAUCACAUCUUUUUUCUCAUCAUGCAUGUCACUGCAGUACUGCAAGCACCAGUUCUAUAUCAUGGCUAGUUGACGGACCUCGAACCAUAUAUCAUGACUUCUCUGCUCCUUUCUGUAAAAUAAAUCUUAGCAUGACUUUAUUCAACUCAUCGGAUGUCGUUGCGUCUGUACACAUAAACACCUUGGACUCCAGUACUAGUGAUAAUUUAAAUGAUGCAACUCCAGUUCAACCGGCCACGUCUUCUGACAACCAAGAAGGGUGGCAUGACCUCUCCUUAGUGACUGACAUCAAGGUAACGUCUGAUGUCCUUAAAGUCCGGACAAGUAAAUCAAUGCCGGUGGAGAGUGUCUCCCCGUUUAUUUGGUCUGGGUCGAGCUCUACCAGAGUCCAACUUGAGCCUAUGUCAAGAACUGAAAUUCCUCUUCAAGUUUGUGUAUUCUCUCCCGGGACAUAUGAUCUGUCAAACUAUGUUUUGCAUUGGAAUCUUUUACUUUCUAAUGAUCAAGGAAACCGUGAUAGAAGAUCGUCUGGGAAAUGCGAGGGAUAUCCCUAUUACCUUACAGUGCUCCAGUCAGAUUAAAAAUUUUCUUUCAUUUUUGCUUCCUUCCCUAUUCUCAAUUAUAGGAAUCACGGGUGUACUAUGUUAUGUAUCUUUGGCCUGUAAGUUGUUAUGUUUGUGUAUCUUUUGUUUUUCUUCGUUUUCUUCUUUUUCUUUUUCACCAGAAUAGGAAUAUUAUGAAAGGCUUAGGAAAGGUAGGAGAUGAAAUGAAAUUGUUUUAUGUUCUCUGAAUAAUAAUAGCAAUGAAUGUUUAAUUGGUGUAUUGCCAAAUUAUUGUACACGAAUGUGCCAUUUUGAAUAGAAAAAUAUGAUAUCUACGCAUUUUCAUGCGUAUUUUGUUA